UAUGAUGAAUACAUUUCAGUAUUGUUUGUAAAUGUCAGCAUCAAUGGGCCUAUGCAGUUAAAGGAAUAUAUUUUAGAUUAACAUUUUCGCUAUUAGUAAGUGAAUGUAUUGAGACUAUUGAUGCUAAGUAGAAAUGUAAGCAAUUGUAUCUCACAGAAAUAAAAUGACACAUUAACUUAAAUUAACACAGAAGGCCUCAACUACAUUUUUGUUGAUGCGCUUAAAAUUCAAAGAAUUUGAAACAGAUGUGCUAUUACUUAGCUUGUUAUCACCUCAAAUAACCUACCCUUGCGUUUUAUUCUACGUACGUCACACCAACGCAUGGCUUGGACGUCGGCAAACUUGACGCAUGGGCACGCCACAUUCCCCCCCGGCGUUCGGUGCCCAUUGAGAGCACGUUGUUGGUAACACCGUAGUAAAACGACAAUUUAAAACCUAAAAUAUUAUAUCUGGAGGACAGAAACGUCCGAAGUGUGUUUAGGGUGCUCAGGGGAGGGAUUCUGCACUGUCUAGAGUCAACGAGCGGCAGGCAGAAUGUCAGAGAAGAACACCAGAAUCGCCAUUGUGAACCAUGACAAGUGCAAGCCAAAGAAAUGCAGACAGGAGUGCAAGAAAAGUUGCCCUGUGGUCCGGAUGGGCAAACUGUGCAUAGAGGUAACAGCUCAGAGCAAAAUUGUGUGGAUUUCCGAAUCGCUCUGUAUCGGAUGUGGCAUCUGUAUCAAGAAAUGUCCAUUUGGGGCCUUGUCCAUUGUCAACUUGCCAAGCAACCUUGAGAAAGAGACCACUCACAGAUACUGUGCCAACUCCUUCAAGCUGCAUAGAUUACCCAUUCCCAGACCUGGCGAGGUGUUGGGGCUUGUGGGCACCAAUGGAAUCGGCAAAUCCACUGCGCUGAAAAUUCUAGCUGGAAAACAAAAACCCAACUUGGGGAAGUAUGAUGUUCCCCCAGACUGGCAGGAGAUCCUUACUUAUUUCCGUGGGUCUGAGCUCCAGAACUACUUCACUAAGAUCCUGGAGGAUGACCUAAAGGCAAUCGUUAAGCCCCAAUAUGUCGACCAGAUUCCCAAGACUGUCAAGGGGAGUGUGGGCUCCAUUCUAAGCAGGAAAGAUGACUCCAAGACUGAGACCAUUGUCUGUGAGCAGCUUGAUCUGACUCAUCUCAGGGAGAGGAAUGUUGAGGACCUAUCAGGAGGAGAGCUUCAGCGCUUUGCCAUCGCUGUGGUCUGCAUCCAGAGAGCAGACAUCUUCAUGUUUGACGAGCCGUCCAGUUACCUGGAUGUGAAGCAGCGUCUGAGAGCCGCCGUCACGAUCCGCUCGCUCAUCUCCCCCGACAGAUACAUCAUAGUUGUGGAGCAUGACCUGAGUGUGUUGGACUACCUGUCUGACUUCAUCUGCUGUCUGUACGGAGUGCCCAGCGCUUACGGAGUGGUCACCAUGCCCUUUGGAGUCCGGGAAGGCAUCAACAUCUUCCUGGAUGGUUAUGUGCCCACAGAGAACCUGCGCUUCAGGGAGAUCUCGCUGGUGUUCAAGGUGGCGGAGACGGCCAACGAGGAGGAGAUCAAGAGGAUGUGCCACUAUCAGUACCCCAACAUGAAGAAGAACAUGGGCGACUUCUCCCUGGAGAUCCACGAGGGGGAGUUCACAGACUCUGAGAUUAUGGUCAUGCUGGGGGAGAACGGGACGGGCAAAACCACGUUCAUCAGAAUGCUGGCUGGCCGUCUGAAACCAGAUGAAGGAGGGGACGUUCCUAUCCUGAAUGUCAGCUACAAGCCCCAGAAGAUCAGCCCGAAGUUCAAAGGCAGUGUGCGUGCCCUGCUCCACGAGAAGAUCCGCGACGCCUACACGCACCCUCAGUUUGUGACUGACGUCAUGAAGCCCAUGCAGAUCGAGAGCAUCAUUGACCAGGAUGUGCAGAACCUGUCUGGGGGUGAGUUACAGCGAGUGGCCAUGGCCCUCUGUCUGGGGAAACCGGCCGACGUCUACCUGAUCGACGAGCCUUCCGCCUACCUGGACUCUGAGCAGCGCCUGGUGGCCGCCAGGGUUAUCAAACGAUUUAUCCUCCACGCCAAGAAGACGGCCUUUGUGGUGGAGCACGACUUCAUCAUGGCCACCUACUUGGCGGACCGCGUCAUCGUGUUCGACGGUAUUCCCUCGAGAAAGACCGCCGCCAACACGCCUCAGACCUUACUUGCCGGGAUGAACAAGUUCCUAUCGCAACUAGAGAUUACAUUCAGGAGAGACCCUAACAACUUCAGACCAAGGAUCAACAAGAUGAAUUCCAUUAAGGAUUGUGAGCAGAAGAAAAGUGGGAACUACUUCUUCCUGGAUGACUAGAGGACCAAUACCUCCCUCCAACAGAGACCUCCAUAUCCAUCCUUCUUAAGCUCAGAGACCUGUUGGGCUGCGUUCUAAUAUCCACAGUAGCGUUCCACGCAGAAUGCAUGCCCAGAACGUUGUUCUAUUGUAGGUGGAAUGCUAAAGUCGAUAUUUGGUUCACAGCCCCACCCUGCUGCCUCUCUUGAGGUCCCAACCUGGGUGAACCCCUACACACACACACACACACACACACACACACACACACACACACACACACACACACACACGGCGAGUUUGUUUUGCAUCUGCCCAUGUCCCGUGUGGACAGAGCUUAAGUAGGGCCGGUGGAAUGGCCCAGAGUGUCAUUUCCUCCCACACGGUGCGCUGAGCGAUGCCCAACAAAUACCCACACUAACCUUUGGGAGCUAAAGGAGUGUUUUAUCAUAGUCAUGCUACCCAGUACAUGUACUUUUAAAAAUAUCAUCUUAUGAAUAAAAACAACUCCCAUUUCCUGAG